ACUGGUCAGACGGUGGCCCCAGCCCCUUACCAAUGGCGCCUCAGCCUCGUGCCAGCUCUGCACUCUCCCUGAAGAGAAUGUUAGAUGGUUACAGUGAUUGCGUGUUCACUGCCUUCCUGCGCAGAACUCGAGCGUAGUUUAAUGGACCUUUAUUUCUUCAUUUGCAGUCGAUCUCCACCACUGGGACUGAGCUCCACAGAGGACCGGAAUCCUGGGUCUGACAUUGAGGUAGAAUUCAGGAUGUCUGGCAGCUUUGACGGCUAAAGGUGGUGCUUUUCAUCAGGUGUGGGAGACGGAAGACAGAGGGUUGGUGUGUUCUGCAUCUCUGAAGACUCUGGAGGGAAAAGGAGCGAAGGAGUGGCCCAUGGGAACAGCUAGCUUUCGGCUGUGGAGUUGGCGAGGUCUAGAGCAUAGGGGAUGGUUACGCACAAGUUUCCAGCCUCUGAGAGGACCAAGCAGCAUCGACCGGUUUGCACGCCAUCCCCUUAAAAUGCUGGUGAGCCCAGUGCAGCCAGCCUCCCGGGCCUGACCCGCCCCGCGUUGCACAAACACCACGCCCACAUCCACCUGCCGUCCAAUAGGCGUACGGGAUCCGGGCCCACACCUCCGCCGCGCCGCGCCCCGUGACGUCACGACCCUGCCUCCGCCACGUGACGGCCGCGCGCUGGGCUCUAACCAGCGGCUGGAAAGCGCCGCAGAGGCCGCUGACUGGCCGGCCGCGACGCCGCGGAGGUAGCCGGGCGCCUGGGCCUCCCGCGCGCAUGGAAGCGUCCGCGGCUGCCUGAGGAGGGCAGCGAGGCCAGCGGACCUCGAGACCUCGCGCGUCCCACGAGCGGCUGCGGCGGGCCGCGGAGCCGGCGCGGCCAUGGCGACGGACACUCAGCAGAAGGAGAACACGCUGCUUCAUCUCUUCGCCGGCGGGUGUGGAGGUACAGUUGGUGCUAUUUUCACAUGUCCACUAGAAGUCAUUAAGACGAGACUGCAGUCUUCGAGACUAGCUCUUCGGACGGUGUAUUAUCCUCAGGUUCAUCUGGGGACCAUUAGUGGAGCUGGAAUGGUGAGACCAACGUCUGUGACGCCUGGACUCCUACAGGUUCUGAAAUCGAUCCUGGAAAAGGAGGGACCAAAGUCACUCUUUAGAGGCUUGGGUCCAAACUUGGUUGGAGUUGCGCCAUCCAGGGCUGUGUACUUCGCGUGCUACUCCAAAGCCAAAGAGCAGUUCAAUGGCAUCUUCGUGCCUGAUAGCAACACUGUGCACAUUUUCUCAGCUGGCUCUGCAGCUUUUGUCACAAAUACCUUAAUGAAUCCUAUUUGGAUGGUUAAAACGAGGAUGCAGCUAGAACGAAAGAUGAGAGGCUGCAAGCAGAUGAAUACCCUCCAGUGUGCUCGGCACGUGUACCAGACAGAAGGCAUCCGUGGCUUCUACAGAGGGCUGACCGCCUCCUAUGCUGGCAUCUCAGAGACAAUCAUCUGCUUUGCUCUCUAUGAGAGUUUAAAGAAGUGCUUAAAAGAAGCCCCGAUAGUCUCCUCCACGGACGGAACGGAGAAAAGUUCCUCCAACUUCUUUGGACUGAUGGCGGCUGCUGCUGUUUCUAAGGGGUGCGCCUCCUGCAUUGCUUACCCGCACGAGGUCAUCAGGACACGGCUCCGGGAAGAAGGCAGCAAGUACACGUCAUUCAUGCAGACAGCACGCCUGGUAUUCCGGGAGGAAGGCUAUCUCGCCUUCUACCGAGGACUUUUUGCUCAGCUCAUCCGGCAGAUCCCCAAUACUGCCAUUGUCCUGUCCACCUACGAGUUCAUCGUGUACCUGCUGGGAGAGCGCGCUUAGUGACAGGGCCACACAGUUGUGCUCUAGAAGAAUAAAACUGAAAACCCUAGAGAUUUUCUUUUCCGUUAAUGUUUAGUGUUCAAAACUGAAACAGCAAGGCCAUAGAAUACCCGGCUCGUGUCACCUGUUGGACAUUUCCUUUUGGAUUCAUGUUUCUGGAAGGUUUAAAUUCAUUAACGUUAAUAGUUAAUUAUAACUUUCUUUUUUAACUUAAGAGGAUUGAGGAUUAAGCAGCAAGUAAAUUAAAUCAUGCUAUUUAAUUUAA